UCUGAAAAAUAUCGUCUAUUGUGCUCAACAGAAGAAACUAACUCACUUCAGGACGAGUAAACUGGGUACAUUUUCAUUUGUGGUGUGAACUAUCCCUUUAAGGCUGACAUUAUCAACAAAGUUUGAAGAGUAGUGAUAACUGACAGAACUGCGGAGAGCUUGGAGAUGUAAAACUAAAAUAGGGGAAAGGCUGUUCAUUUUUAAAACCUUAAACUUCACACACAAACCGCCUGCGUAAUGUUGCCAAUAUUUGUUAGGCGCGUUCCCAAAAAUGAACGCGCGCGCGAGACGCUCCCUCACACAACUUGACACACUACCUAACUUUCCCUUUCCUGAAAUUUCGUGCCCGGUCUGCACAAACGCCGCUUUCUUCCGUUUUCCAUGUCAUUUCCUGUAAUAAAAAGAUGGUGGUCAUAGCAGAGAGAAGCAGCUGACUGUGGUACAAACAUUUGGAGAUGAUAAACUUUGCAUCGCCCGGGACUAGUGAAAUCCCCCCGUGCCGUAGCCUCGCCGCCGCGGUCCACGGAGCGGCCGAAACCGAGACGCGCCGCAGCUGAAGAAGACCACCAAAGACCCCGCGACGCACUGCGUAUAUCCUAUAGACGCAUUAAUAUGUCGGAGUGAAGCGGAGACUCCAUCCUGCCCAGAUCAUGGCAGAUUCUUCCACCAAUCCAGAUCAUUCCUCCAUGGAAGCUAAAGGCGAAUGCAGCACCAGUGCAUCAAAUGAGAAGUCAACUGAAGAGCCAAACAAAAGGCUAAAAGUAGAACAUGAGCGUUAUUCCAGUUUUUGGUUCUGCGAAGAGUGCAAGAAGUAUUACCUGGAGGAUUGUCCUACCCAUGGGCCGCCUGUCUUUGUGCCAGACACCCCUGUGGUAUCAGGGGUGCCCAAUCGGGCAGCUCUCACCGCACCCUCAGGCAUCGAAGUGCGAAGAAAUGGCGAUAAGGUGGAUGUCUACUGCAUGGAUGAAAAAAUACCAAAGGGGGCGCUGUUUGGUCCUUAUAAAGGCCAAAUAAUGGCCUCAGAUAAACCUUCAGGGCCGUACUCUUGGAUGAUUGUUGAUAAGGACAGCAAAUAUAAAUUCAUCGAUGGGAGUGACGAAGCUACAGCUAACUGGAUGAGGUUUAUCCACAUUACUUCUGAUGAGAGUGAACAGAACCUGAGUGCGUUUCAACAUGGUGAUCAAAUCUACUUUCGAGUGUGUCACAGACUGAAGGUGGGCGAGAAACUUGGUGUUUGGUACAGCAGCGAGUACAUGAAGCGACUGCAGAGUGUGUCCCGGGACAGCAUUGACCACAAUCUGGACACAGGAGUAAAAUCAGAAGACCAGGAGGAGCCUAAAGGCCCAGUGUUAAGAUCCGCAAUGCACGGUAGAAGGACCCUAAGCAAGCAUGGAAGCGAUGAGGCAGAAAACCAGCCCCAGGCCAAGAAAAAGAAGAUUGACCUCAUUUUCAAAGAUGUCCUGGAAGCAUCUCUAGAGGCUAAUCAAAGUCAGAACAACCCCCUGAACAGCACCUUGUCUUUUCCAAGAGCACGAACAAAUGUCUGCCAGGUUUUCUGCCAUCCUGACGCAGAGAGUAAAGAGUCCGUCUUCACCUCUGGGUUGGUUUCAAUGGAUCACCACGAGAUUGGCUUUGAUGGGAAAUGCAUUAAAAUGGAAAACACGGAAGAGGAUGAGGCCUUGACCAGUGAAGGACCAUCCACAUCUUUCUGCCCAAACUGUGUGAGGCUAAAACGUCGAAUCCGUGAGCUGGAGGCCGAACUGCACCGUCUCAGAGGACAGGGGCAUGCGGAGGUUAAGCCUGUACCAGCUUCUGAGAUGCUUGCUGGUGAGGACCACAGAGACACCAUGACGCCCAUCCCAGCAGCCCUUGAAGAGGAUGACCAGGAUGUUGAUUCUGCCGAUGAAUCUAUUUCUGCCGACCUCCUGGUGGCUGCAGAUGAGUCUUCAAAACUCUCAGUGGGUUCGGGUCGUCGGAUUCGCAGAUUCAAACAGGAGUGGCUGAAGAAGUUCUGGUUUCUCCGUUAUUCACCUACACUGAAUGAGAUGUGGUGCCACGUGUGCCGCCAAUACACCGUCCAGUCCUCCCGCACCUCUGCGUUUAUCAUCGGCUCCAAGCAAUUUAAAAUCCACACCAUUAAACUGCACAGCCAGAGCAAUCUGCACAAGAAGUGCCUUCAGCUUUACAAACUUCGAAUGCACCCGGAGAAGACAGAGGAGAUGUGUCGUAACAUGAUGACUCUUCUGAAUGCUGCCUAUCAUCUGGCUCUUGAAGGACGGCCGUUUUCUGAUCUGCGCCCCUUAGCGGAGCUCCUCAAGAAGUGCGACCUCAAAGUGGUGGAUCAAUACAUGAACGAAAAUGACUGUCAGAUUCUCAUCCAACACAUUUCUCGAGCAUUUAAAGAAGAUCUGGCUGAGAAGAUCCGCCUUUCACCCUUUCUAAGCAUCAUCAUGGAUGGGCAGAAUGAUGAUCUCUUGGCUGAUAUGGUUGCUGUAUAUGUCCAGUUCACCACCACUGAUGGGCUUCCUGCCACUGAGUUCCUCUCCUUACAGAGGCUUUGUGGAGGUAAUGUCGAAGGUUACCUUCAGGCUGUGGAUCGUGCCUUUGGAGUCCUUGGGCUAAGACUCCAGGACAUGCUAGUCGUUGGUUUGGGAAUAGAUGGUUCAAACAUUUCCUCUAGUUUAAGAGCUAAUCUUUACGUAGCCAUCCGAAAGACAAUUCCAUGGGUGUUGUGUUUACCUGUGAUGAUCCAUCGCCCACAUUUAGAGGUUCUGGAUGCCAUUAGUGGAAAGGAACUGUCCUGCUUGGAGGAUUUGGAGAACAACUUGAAGCAACUGCUUAGCUUCUAUAGAUAUUCCCCACGUUUGAUGGCUGAGCUAAGGUCAUCAGCACCAACGCUGUCGGAGGAAACUGAGUUUCUUGGUGAUAUUCGAGCUGUUCGUUGGAUCAUAGGGGAACCCAAUGUUCUCAAUGCCCUAAUUAAGGACUAUCUGGAGGUGGUGGCUCAUCUGAAGACCAUAAGCAACCAAACACAAAGGGGUGAUGCUGCUGCCAUUGCUCUGUCUCUCCUACAGUUCCUUUUGGACUAUCAGUCAGUGAAGCUGAUUUAUUUUCUCCUGGAUGUCAUUGCUGUCUUUUCACGGCUUGCUUUCAUCUUUCAGGGUGACUAUCUGCUGGUGUCACAAGUGGACGCAAAAAUUGAAGAUGCCAUUCAUGAGAUUGGUCAACUGGUGGACUCCCCAGGGGAGUACCUACAAGAAUUUGAGGACAACUUUCGGGAGAGUUUUAAUGGUGUGGACCUCAAGAACUUGAGGGUUGCCGAGUCCAAGUUUCAGUCAAUUCGAGAGAAAAUCUGCCAGCAAAGUCAAUGCAUUCUGGCUCAGCGCUUUGAACCACGCAGCCGCACAGUUGUCCAGGCCUGUCAGGUCCUUGACCUAGCCUCGUGGCCUAUUAACAGGGAUGAUCUCGGUGCAUAUGGAGAGGAAGAGAUCCUUGUCAUUUUUGACCACCUGGAGACUAUUCCUUCAUCCGGCCGUGAACGCUCAAUCGAAAGAACAGAUGCCAGAGGAAGUCUCGUGGUUGAAUGGAGGGAUCUGAAAGCUGAUUAUUGUAGUGUGAAUGGUUUUAAAGAAGUCGUCAGCCACAUCUUCAGAUACAAGCAACGUUAUCCUCUUCUCAAUCACAUUCUGCAGAUUGUCAGAGUCUUGCCAACAUCUACGACAUGCUGUGACAAAGGAAGAGGCUCGUUGCAGAAAGUGCGCAGAAAUAGCCGUUCCAGACUGACUCUGGAUCAGAUCAACGAUUUGCUCACCUUGGCUGUCAAUGGACCGCCUAUUGGGAGCUUUGAUGGAAAGCGGGCAUUGGACAGCUGGUUUGAAGAGAAAUCUGGGAACAGCAUUUCACUGUCGACAGAAGUGCUGAGCAGAAUGUCCACCACCGAACAAAAAUCUGUGUUGCACAAUAUGGAUAUGAAUGCAGAGUAUUAUCCUGAUGUUUGAUUGAUCGGAGCCAAUUUCUCAGCCAAUAUGAUUCCAAAAAGCCAUCUCAUUGGAAAAGGGCUGAUCGGGACUGUAAUGUGAUUGGCCAAGUAGUUUGACACUGGCCCUGCUGCUAAAUGGCCUAGAUCAGCAUCUUCUCUAAGAGUCGGUAUGAAUGCCUUUGCAGGUCGCAGGCACAUGAAACACUUUAAAAUGUUCAUGUAAAUGGUUGUAAUGUGUAUUUUUGUUCCAAAGAGAUGCUGUUUUCUAGUUAUGAGGAUCGUGGCUGUUAGGUGAAUGUUCGAUUGAACACCAUUUCUUCAGGCAUUGGUGAGUGAACCCAACUUUUUUAGUCUCUGAAAAUGCCACCUUCUGAUUAAGAGACAAACUUUCUAAAAAAAAAAAAAAAAAAAAAGAAACGUUUUCAGUAUUUGAUCUGCAAUAUAAUUUGAGCAAUCAGAAGCAUUUGUAUGUAGACUUUUGUGUAUGGAAAAUAACAAAAGGUGUUAAAUUUUCAUAGCAUGUUCUUUACGUUUUUUUAUCCCUAACUGCAACGGAAGCCACUAUUUUGCCAUGCAGUAUAUACCAUUUUUUUCUAUCUUCAAUCUUUAAGUACUCUUGGUUUGUCAAUGUGCCAUAAUAGUUAAUGCAAUGAGGCACCCGUAAUGUGAUGUUUACACCCAAGCUGAUCGAAAGAUAAGUAUAGUAUGAACCAACAUGAGCCAGUUCAAAUAAUUUUAUAGUGAAAUAUGAAACUGAUUCUGCAUCAAACCAACAAAUAUAUCAUAUGUUUACUUAUUCACGCAUCAUCAGAAUAAAUAUUCAAAUGUUUACUGAAAAUAGAAAGCCGUAAACAAGCUCAAAUCCGAUUGUUAAGUGUGACGUCACGCGAAGCAGCUUCCGGGUCCAAGCGCUCUGUUCAACUGAAUGGGGAGACUCAUGAAAUGGUAAUAAUAAACGUUUACAAAGCGAUUUAAUACCUUCGAA